AUCCUCAAAUAUGGAUUUGGCUCUUGGGUAAGUGUAAGUAUACAAGCAGCCUUCCACCCUGUACCCUUGGAGGCAUAACCGGCGAUUUACCUCUCUCACGAUGUUCCAGGACAGGGGCAGUGGGGGACCAUUAAGACUGACGGACGGACGAUGGAUUUGCAUAUAAAAAAAGCAGCGAGUUUCACAUCUUUGUGCGUGUCUGAAAGUUCUGCAUUGCCAAGUUUGAAGGAAGCGAGGGUGAUUCGUUUAAUUCAGAAAUGGCGGUUUUUGUACGAGUUAUGGUUUUGCUAUGGGCUGAUAUAUUGGUUUGGUACACAAUGUUUGUGAUGCAAACAUACUUGACAAAUGUAUGGAAACUGAGUUUUACUCAUGCUGCUGGAAUUUUGAACAUUUGGAAUGGUGUUACUAUGGUAUUGCCUGUCGGGUUUCUCCACCUCGUUGACGCAGUUAUGGGAAAAUACUUAAUGCUCCUGCUGUCCAGUAUAGCCUACAGUGUGGGUAUGGGGUUUCUUUCCAUGUCAACGCCGCCAGUUCUUGCCAGUUCCACUGGCACCUGCAAAGACUAUGAGCCAAAAUGUAUAGGUGACACACAAAAAGCUUUGUUCUACACGGCCUUGGCAUUGUUAGCUGUAGGAAUAUCUGGUCACCUCGUCUCUCUGAAACCUUUCCUUAAAGAACAGCGAAUGAACUCUGACGAUGAUGGUAGCUGUAAAGCUUUUUUCCGGAUAUUAGGCAUGAUUACGGUGGCAAUUGUGGCAAUAAUUGGAGCUAUUGCUCUGCCUUACAUAAAACCAUGGUCAAUCCGCUUUGGAAUUCCGGCAAUCUGUACUGCUUUUGCGACACUUCUAUUCUUGAGCGGCCCGUGUUCGUGUAAGCCUGAACCACAGGGGAGUCCAUUGACAAUUGUUUGCAGAGUCUUUGUGGCCUCUUUUUCUAAGAUAUCCGUGCCAUUUCCUCUUGAUAGGAGAGAUGGCCAUGAGCUUCAGUCAUUUUCUCGUACUCGUAUUCUCAGGUGCUUAGAGAAGGCUGCCAUCAUACUGCCGGAUAGAAGUCCAGAAGAACAAAAAAACAAUAGGUGGACGCUUUGCACAGUCACAGAAGUAGAAGAGGCAAAAAUUGUUGUUCGGAUGGUUCCAAUGUGGAUGACAUUCAUAGUUUGUGGGGUCGUAUCUUCUAUAGGAAACACGUACUUCCUAGAACAAGCAAAUCACAUGGAUCGCAAGCUUGGAAAAUGGAAAAUUCCUCUUGCUAUGCUUCUACUGCUGUUUAACUGUGCGAAAUCACUCUUUGGCAAAUCUUACGCCCUUUUGGCAAGCUGCUUUGGUGGAUGUAAAAAGUAUGCACCUCCUGUUGGAAUUGCGGUGGCUAUGGUAUUCUCAGUACUGUGUUGCAUAACUUCUGCCGGAAUAGAAAUUCGAAGGCUGAAAGUAAUUAGAAGACACGAUUUACUCGACAAACCUGGGGACGAUAUCCCAAUGAGUAUAUUUUGGCUCCUUUUCCAGUUUUUCCUCCUUGCUGGCCUGGACUCGUUUUUGGAAAAGAGCUCGAAAGCUUUCUUUCAGGAUCAGGCUCCCGGGUCAAUGAUAAAUUACCUCCAGUACUCGAGUAGUGGAGUAUCUGGUCUAGGAUUCAUGGGGAGUGUGCUUUCGGUUUAUGUGGUUGGUAAAAUUAGUGAGAAGGGAGGUAGACAAAACUGGUUCCAGAAUACGUUGAACAAGAGUCGACUAGAUAGAUAUUACUGGGUGCUUGCAGCCUUGAGUUCUGUAAAUCUACUUGUGUUUAUUUUAAUUGCUUGUAUUUACAACUACAAGGAACCAGAAUCAGUACAACAAGGAGAUGAAAAUGGCCCUCUAUAUGGUCAGCAAGAGGAGCCAGAACCAGAACCAGAACAAGGAGAGUCUGGUCAACCAGAGGAUGGGGAUGGCGCCCAACGAUCUUGUUUCUGUGGUUAGGCUUCUUCUGUAAUUGUAUGUUUUCCCCUUUUGCAAAUUGUAUUUGUUGCUUUUGUGUGCACCAAGGCUCCGAAGAGUGUACAAUCAUUAAAUGGAAAAUCGUACCAGAUGGUUCUGUAAUUUCGUUGAUGAUAAUAUGGCAGCCAUCGUUAUAAAACUGUGUGUGAUUGUGUGUCUA